AUGUCUAAUACAUCAACAAAUGAAGAUACUACUAUAAAAGUUGCCCUUCGAAUAAGGCCUUUAACUUCAGAAGAUUUAAUUAAUAUACCAAUACGAUUUCAGCGUAAUAUUCUAUCCACUGCUGCGUAUGCGCCAAACCAAGUAUCGAUACAACAUGAGAAAAAACACAACUUUUCAUUUGAUUAUGUUUUUAGACAAGAAUGUAAUCAAAAAGAAGUAUAUGAACGUUGCGUAACGAAAAUGGUCGAUAAAUUUUUGGACGGUUUUAACGUAACGAUUCUAGCGUAUGGCCAAACUUCAUCGGGUAAAACUCAUACAAUGGGAACGUCUAAUGACAUUACUUUUCCCACAGAAUCAAGGGGUAUAAUUCCACGAGCAAUGGAUACCCUUUUCUCUGCUGUAAAUUCGGCUCGUUAUAAAUCACAAAAAUUUUCAAUGAGAGUAUCUUUUGUGGAAUUAUAUAAUGAAGACCUUAUUGACUUACUUGCUGAAUGUAACGAUGAGGAUAAGCCACAAGUCUUGAUCAGAGAAAACUCCAAUGGAAGUAUAUCAUUGAGUGGAUUACAAGAAAUUAAAGUUAAUAGUGUCGAUGAAGUUAUGGGUCAUUUAUCGCGCGGUUCAUUAAAUCGACAAGUUGGCGCAACGGAUAUGAAUUCAAAAUCAUCUCGAUCUCAUGCUAUAUUCACAGUUAUUCUUUCGCAACAGAAAUUUAUACCUUCUAACGAAUUGUGUGCAAGUCCGUUACCUCUUACACCAUCAACAAGUUCGACACCUACUUCAUUUCCUGAAACAAAAUCUGGUUCACUUUCAAGAUCAAAUUCAAGAUUGAGUAGGCGGUUUGAAGAUGGUACUUGGCUUAAACGUACAUCAACAAAUGAAGAACGCAUAAAAGAGGGUAUUUCUAUUAACUCUGGAUUACUUGCCUUGGGAAAUGUAAUUUCUGCUUUGGGUGAUCCAACAAAAGCAAAGAAUACAACUCAUAUUCCAUAUCGUGACUCUAAACUUACACGUUUAUUACAAGACUCUCUUGGUGGUAAUGCGUUAACAUUAAUGAUUGCCUGCGUUUCACCGGCUGAAUAUAAUGCUGCUGAAACAUUAAAUACUCUUAAAUAUGCAAAUCGAGCUCGAAAUAUCAAGAAUUCGGCUAUAAUUAUGCAAGAAGAAGCCGGAUGGAAUGACUUGGAACAUUUACAGAAUCUUGUUUUAAAAUUGAGAUCAGAAAUUAAAAAUUUAAAAACUUUAUCUGUUUCUAAUGAGAAUAUUAAUAUUCAAUAUAAUGGAAGUGAAACUCCUGAUAGUCAAAUUCCUUCCUCAUUACAUAUUGAUACCGAUGUUAAAACUGAUAAAGUCUCUCAAAAUUGUAAUGAUAUUGAAGUUCUUGAGGAACAACUUGCUGAGCUUCAACGUUCUUAUAAUGAGUUAUCCCAAAAUUUUUCGAAAAAAUCUUCUGAACUUGAAAUGUAUCAGAAUUUUUCUGAUAUUAAAACCAUUUCAUCUUUAACAACAAUUAAAGAGGAAGAUGAGGUGAUUUUUAAUAAACCUCACUUAUCAGAAGAUUUUCAAAAGACUGUCAAACCUGUUAUUAUGGAAUAUGAAAAAUCCAUUUCUGUUCUAGAAAGUCAACUUGCUCUUGCUCGUGCUGCUUUAAAUCACACUGAAGUUUCAAUGUUAGAACAAGAAGCAAAACUUGCUGAUGCUGAAAAAUUUAGAGAAGAAAGUAAAAGUUUAAUUGAUGAUCUUAAAUAUAAAGUUUCAAAACUUAAUGAACGUGAAACUACAACUGAGAAUUAUAUUCAAGAUCUUGAAGCAAAACUUAAAAUACAUUCUAGUGAAUAUAAAAAAGAUCAAGAAACAAUUAGUGAUCUUCGAAGACAACUUAUGGAACUUAGAGAAAAUGGUGAUAAUAAUGAAGAUUUAAUUAGCCAACUUGAAACUCGUUUGGCGGCACGUGAAAGUAAAUUAGAACUUAUGAGUUCAAAUCAAGAAAAACUUGAAAAAGCUUUAAGUCAACAAAAAGAUGCUUAUUCUAAAUUAGAAGAAAAAUAUACUCAAGAAAAACUUAAAAAUGAAGAAGACAAAAAAAUGCUCAUGACAGGAAUUGAAGAACGAGAUCGUAGAAUUUCUAGUUUAGAAAAGAAAGUCGAAGAAUUAGUUGAUGAAAUAUCACAAUUGAAACGAUUAAGAAUGGAUAUGAAAAAUGUAUCUAAUAGAGAUUAUCGUUCAAAUUCACUCGCUUCUGCUUCUUCAACUUCCUCAGAUCAAGAUACUCCUCUUUCUACGCCACCUGAUUCAAAUACUCCAAAGUCGUCUGUUAAUUAUUCUUCUAUAUUAGGUUUAGAAUCAAAAUUAUAUCAACUUCAAAAAACUCAUGAAAAGACUAUCUCGGAAUAUAGUGAUAUAAAAAAUAAAUAUGCUUUAUGCCUUGAAGAAAUUCAAGAACUUCAAGAAAAACUUCAAGGAGUCAAAGUGAAAGUUAAUAUAAUUCCUGGAACUCCAUUAACUCCUACUGAAAUUUCUUUGAAUGAACUUAUAGAUAUAGAUUCUAAAUCUUUAUCACCAUCUACUCAUGGUACUCAUCGUAAAGCCAAAUCUCUAUCUGCUGAAAUUAAAGGUUUAGAAAAGCGUGAUAAUUCUAGCGCUUCUAUGGUUCAAAAACUUCAAAUUGAAUUAAAACAACUUCAAUCUCUUCAUGAAGAUAAAGAUCAAGGGCUUGAUGCUGUUAAAAAAGAAUUCGCACGUUUAGAGAUUUGUCAUCGAGAAGCUCUUGAAAUUGUUGAAGAGCUUCGUGAAGAAAUAAAAAGGAGAGAUGCUCUUGCUCAAAUGGAAGUUAUGUCCGUCAUGGGUUCUGAGUAUACACUUAAUGAAUAUUCUACAGCAACUAGUGAAAUUGAUCAAUACGAGAUUGUUCAACGUCUUCGUGAAGAGGUAGAACAACUCAAGGAAGAACAACGAAGAACUUUGGAAAGUAUUUCUGAACGUGAAGAAGAUGGAAACAAUGAAUUUAUGGAACUAGAAUCUACUAUAGAAGAACUUAAAUCUGAAAUGCAGAGAUUACUUGAAGAACAGGCCUUAAAAGAUUCUGAAGUCUCUGGUGCUGUACCUGAUAAUAAUUAUGAUCAAGUUAGAGAAAUGCAAUUGACAAUAAAAUCACUUGAAGAACAAUUAUCAGAAGCUAAACGACAAAUUUAUAUCGCGGAUGCCGCUUCUCGUCUUGAAGGUAAUAAUAAAAUAGAAUCGGAUGUAGAAAAUUUAGAACUUAGACAGCAAGUUGAAAAGCUUCAAAAUGAAAUUGAAUCAAAGAGUCAUACAAUAGCCGCUUUAUUGUUCCCAUCAAUUGAACAUCAAAAUACAAUUCGCAGACUUGAGGAUGAACUUGAAAAAGUUCGAGAAGCUCAUCAACAAGCAAUCUUGGAAAAAUCAAGUCAAUUAACUUCAAUAUCGGAAGAAUUUGAAGGUAAAGAAAUUGAUGGUAUGGAUUCUUUUGCUAGGGAACAAGCUUAUGAUAAACACGUACAAACUCUUGAAGAAAAAGUCAAAGAACUUGAAUUACAAUUAAACAAAGCAAGAGAAGCACAACAUGUUCCAACACCUCGAGCUUCAAUUCAUUUUGAUAUUGAUCCAACACGAAUGAACAUAAACGAUCUUGAAGAAAAAUUGGCUACUUUACAACAUGAAUUAGUUCUCAAGUCAAAGACUGUUGAAAGUUUAAAUGGUGAACAAGAAAUUGUAGCAGAACUUCAGGAAAAACUCCUCAUACUUAAAUCAGAUAUUCAAAACAAAUAUGAACUUAUCGAAGUCUUGAAAAGAGAUCUUGCCGACAAAAGUAUGUUACAACAAAAACUAAGGGAAAAAGAAGCUGAAGCACUGAUUUUCAAGACAAAACUCAUGGAAGUUAAUAAAAAAGAACAAGAAAUGGAAGAUGAAAUUAAAAAGCUUAAAGAACAAUUAAAUAGAUUGGAAAGUGGAGAUGAUGUCAAUGAAGUUCUUCAAGAGGAAUUGAAUAGACUAAAAAAAGAAAUCAUAGAAGUUCGUGAAAAAGAAUCUAUUGCACUUGAACGAUUUCGAGUAUUAAAAGCAAAAUUAGGAUCAGAUCCAGAAGAAAAUCACCUUCAAGAUGAAUUGGAACGUUUACGUAUCGUAGAAAUAACACAAAGAGAAAGAAUAGCUGUUUUGGAAAAUACACUUUCAGAGCAAGGAGGUCAUGUUGAAUGUGAUAUUGCACAACUACAAAAUGAUUUGUUGUUAGCUAAGGAAUCUGAAGCUACACAAAAAAAUAUAAUUGAAAGUCUUGAAGCAAAAUUGCGUAAAGCUGAAGAUAAAUCUCAAAUAAGUGCAGUUCGACGUGAAAUAAAUGAGUCGAAAAUUAAGGAAACUGAAUAUUUGAAAAGAAUAAAGGAGUUAGAACUUCAAUUUAAUGAACAUAAUACUAAGGACCAAAACGAGAUUAGUAAACUUAAUGAAGAACUUGAAAAAAUGCGAUCUUUAGAACGAGAGCAACGUAAACAAAUUGAAACCCUCGAAACACGAUUGGAACUUGUCAGCGACGAAGAUCCCAAUAUUUCUUCUCUGAGAGAUCAAAUUGCCAAGUUAAAAGCUUCAGAGUCAGAUAUGCGUAGGACAGUACAAGACUAUGAAUCAAAACUUAUAACAGCACAAAAAGAGGUUAAAAUUUUCGAUACGGUUAAAGAAGAGGUUAAAUUCUUAAAAGAAUUAGAAGCUGAACAAAAGUCCACAAUUGAACAAUUGCAAGCACAACUUCAAAAACUUAGAACUUCUAAAGAAGCUGCUGUUGAUGAACUUCAGACGAUGAAAGGAGGCUUUGUUAUUCAAAAGGAUUUAGCCAUCUCACUUGAAAAUGAAGUAAACUCACUAAGAGAAAAAUUGGCAGCGAUAAAGAAUAACGACGUGAGAUCAUCACAGGAUCUUGAAGAAAUGACUAAUUUGAUAAGUAAAACUCAAAAAGAACGUGAUGAUGCUCAGAAAGCAGUUAAGGCUUUGGAAAUUGAACUUGAAACAUUUAAAUUAGCUGGGGUUGCAGGUAAUGAAAAUGUUGGCGCUUUAAGAUCAGAAUUGGCGAAUGCUAAACUUGAGAUGGCAGCUCAAAAUGAGAUUUUAGCAGAUCUCGAUUCUCAAAUAGGGAUUAUGGAUAAAGAACGUAGUCAAAAUAUCCAACGUAUUCAAGAGUUAACAGAGGCUCUUAAAGAAAGAGAAUCUAAUCAAAAGGAUGCCAUUAAAAACCUUGAAUGUACUUUAAUGAAUCUGAGCUCUGAACUUGUUGUGGCCAAAGAUUCCUCUAAUAUAAGCAAAAAAACAAUUGUAACUCUCGAAGAAAAAAUUUCGAUAGUGCGUUCACAAUUACAUGAUGCUAAGGCUUCAGAUGAAAGACGUUCAAAUAUUAUUAAUGAGUUAGAAAACAAAUUAAAGAGUACUCUUAAUAUUUUAACGGAUAAAGAAGAAAAUAUUACUAACUUUGAUGUUCUGAUCUCAGGAUUGGAAACUAUUAUUCAAAAAACACAAUUAGAACUUCAGACAUCAAAAGCCUCCGAAGAAGAUGUAUCCAAACGUAGAAAUGAAUUAGAAGCAAAACUUGCAGAGGUAACUUCCAAAUUACAAGAUACAAAUAAUGAUAAAAAUGAUUUACAACAAGAUGUGAAAAUGUUUAAUGAGGAGCUUGCAAAAAUAAAAGCUUCAGAAAUAAAACAUAUAGAGCAAGUCAAGCUUUUGGAAACUAAACUCAAAGAAGUUGAAGCAUAUCGUGCUGAAGAGACAUCUAAGCUUGAAAAGGCGAAUAAAGAAAUUGAAUCACUUAAUGAUAAAUGUGAUCAAUUACAACAAGAACUUGAAGAUGCGCAAUGGGAUUCUGUCAUCCAAAGUUACGAAAAUGUUGAUGAUACUAUGAUUGAAGAUCUCACCAAUCAACUUAAACAGGUUCACAAUGAAGCCAAGUUUCAUCGAGAUCAAGUUAUAGCUUUGGAAAAGAAAGCUAAACAACUAGAGUCUGAUAAAGCAGAAAAUCUUGACCGAAACGCAAUUCUCGAACAACAAGUUGAACAACUUCAAAAAGACUUUGAAAUAUUAUCUGAAGAAUUUUCACAGACUACAUCCAAAUUUGAAGAAACUAAUGCGUUAUCAAAACAACAAAAGCAACGAAUCAUUGAAUUGGAAACUACUCUUGAAGAGACCAAGAAAGCCAGUUUCAUAGCUGAUAGAAAUUCUACACGCAUUUCCGCAUCUACUAAUCCUGCUCUCGCUGAACUUGCUUCUGCAAAUGAAAAUUUGCGACAGAUUAAUGAUAGUCUUAAUAUUAAAAUUUCCAAAGCAGAAGAACGUGUCUCAGAACUAAAUGCCAAAAUUAACAUAUUAGAAGAUGAAUUGGCUAAAUUCAGAUCAGGAAGUAUUAAUAUCAAUGAAGAAUCUGUUGAGAGCCUAAAAUUAAAGAUUCAAGAACUUCAAUCUGAUAAAGAUGUAUUAGAACAAGCAAAUGAAGCUGCAUAUGGAGAACGUAGUAAACUUGAUCAUAAGAUCGAAAUAUUAAUGCAACAAUUACGUUCUGUUGGUGGAAAUAAAGCUGCCCAACAUAUAUCUCAAUUAAAUGAACAAAUUGCUAAACUCGAAAAAGAGCAUGCUCAAUUAAAACAAGAUUCUUUAGAUGAAAUUAGAGAUAUGGAAAAAGAGAUUGAACACUUGAUAGAACAUAAUAGUUGUCUAGAACAAGAGAUCAAAGAGAUGGGUGGUAACAUUCCAAAUAUUGACAAAGUUAGUUCUCCUGCACCGACUAUGCAGCGUCCUAGUAGAGAUGGUCCCAUGCAUGCUAAGAUCAGUCGUCAAGAUGACACUAUCACACAGCAAAACUUACUCAUCAAGACCCUUCAAGAAAAGAUUACAGAACUUGAAAGUCGAUCUUAUGAUGAGCCAAAUUCAAAUGUUGGGCCAGAGUUGGAUGCUGUUGGUGGUGUACGUCUAUCAACAACAUCUUCUUCAUCUAAUUCAUCGGACGCAAAUAACAAGAAAGGGCAACGACAUCCAAGCCUUACUAAACCACCACCAGUACCCCCACCAAAUCAGCCUUUACCGCCAAUUCCGCAAAACUCUAUGUCUCGCGCACGAAGCAGCAGAUCAGAUUCAGUAGCGUCAUCGGACCUUUCAUCAGAAAUUCAGAGGCUACACAAAAAGAUUUCAGAAAUUGAGGGUGAAAACUUACAAAGUCGGCAUCUCGUGCAAACACUUCAGACUUCAGUAAGUGAUCAUGAAACAAACUUGCGUGUAGCGAAGCAGCAACUUUCAAUAUUACAACGCGAAAAAAUGGAAUACCUUGAUCAAAUAAAGAAUCUACGCGAAAAUUUGGUCGAGGCAACUGAUCAAAUAGAAAAAGCAAAAUCUACAGUACAAGAAGAAAAGAAAGUCAUGGAGAACGUAUUGGAAGAAGAACGAAGAGCAAAGGAACGAGCAGAAAAGGCGCGUGUACAACUUGAAAGUCAAAUGGAACAACUCAUGUCAAGAAAAAGCAAAUUUAUGUGUUUCUAA